AGCUAGCACAUCACCACCAUGUGAUUACAUGAGAAAGUUUUCAAGGCUGUUGUUCAGAAUUAUGAGCUGCUUAAGCACAAAUGUGCUUAACUUUCCACAUAGAAUCCUGCUUUGCAGGAUGGCUCCACACUUGAGCAGGUAUUCAGGAAAAUAAUCCUGAUUCAGUGGUAUAUCCAGCGCUUCCAGAGCUCCUGGUAUUCAUUCUAACAUCUUUUACCCAUUGAGACCAAAGAGGAAAGUUUGCCUGCUCUUUCAAGCACCCGACUCCUGCUGUUGAGAUGCUUUUCUGUGAAGACUGCACCAGUGAUGUGUCUAUCCUGACAGAAAAGAUGGGGCUUGGGCAGUCACCUCCAAGAAAAUCCAAGAGAACGGGCCCCAAAAAGUAAAGUCUCCACGUGGCCGAGCUUCAUCAUCACUGGACUUCAACUUUCAUCCCACUGACACACAAAGCCAAGCAUUGCCCUGUUUGUCCCAAGAAUACAGGAAACAUCAUCCCCAAAUGGCCUGGAAGAAGCACAACAGCUCCAUCACUGAGUUUCUUCUCACAGGGCUGUCCGACGACCCCCACAUCGAGGCUCUGCUCUUUGUGCUCUUCCUGGCCAUUUAUCUCCUGACCAUGACAGGAAACCUGCUGCUGCUGCUGGUGAUCAAGGCUGACUCCCACCUCCACACCCCCAUGUACUUCUUCUUGAGUAACCUCUCCUUCCUGGACCUCUGCUUCUCCUCAGUCACAGUGCCUAAGCUGCUGAAGGACCUCCUGUCUGACAAGAAAACCAUCUCCAUCAAGGGCUGCCUGGCUCAGGUCUUCUUUGUGUUCAUCACUGCAGGGACUGAGGCCUUUCUGCUCUCCAUGAUGGCCUAUGACCGCUAUGCUGCCAUCUGCCACCCGCUGCUCUAUGGCCAGAUCAUGAGCACUGAGCUGUGUGUGCGGCUGGUGCUCAUCUCCUGGGGCCUGGCCUCUCUUAAUUCUGUUGUCAUUGUGCUCUUAGCUGUUAAUCUGGACUUCUGUGAGGCCCAGACUAUCCAUCACUACACCUGUGAGCUGCCUUCCCUCUUUCCUCUGUCAUGCUCUGAUAUCUCCAUCCACCUUGACAUCUUGAUCUGCUCCACCUUGCUGCAUGGGCUUGGCACCUCCCUCCCCAUCUUCUUCUCUUACGCUCGCAUAGUGUCCACUAUCCUGAGCAUGAGCUCCACCAGAAGCAGGAGCAAGGUGUUUAACACCUGCUCCUCUCAUCUGAUUGCAGUGAUUCUCUUCUUUGGGUCAGGAUUGGUUCGCUACCUCAUGCCCACCUCUGGAUCCUCUCUCGAUCUGCUCUCCUCCUUACAGUACAGCGCUGUCACCCCCAUGCUCAAUCCACUCAUCUACAGCCUGAAGAACCAGGAAGUAAAGGCAGCCAUGAGAAGGACAUUGAGGAAAUUCCUACAUUCAUUUGCAUAAUGAACAAAGAUGUGGAAGGGUAGGAAGAGUUUGGGUCAAGUGCUUGAACUUGAGAUCGAAUUUUGGACCACUGACUUAAAGGGAGCCCUCUACCACUCUUUCUCACUAUACUGACACCGAAAACUGAAAUGAACAAAAUUAUAUUUAGAAAUGUUUUAUAUAUAAGCUCCAUAUAAUCAGUCUUCUCUUUGUUCUACUCACGUCCAAAAUUACCAGCAGUUUCUUCCUGGAUUGCAAAAAAUGUUG